CCCCAAUACUUCCACUCCGCUUCUCCAACACUACAAAAGCUCAUUGGUCCGGUAGUGACCUCAGCAGCCCGAGCCAUGGGGACCCCAGCCACCCGGGCCGCGUGCCAUGGGGCACACCUGGCGCUGGCUCUGUUGCUGCUGCUGUCGCUGUCGGAUCCCUGGCUGUCGGCGACCGUCCCGGGCACUCCGCCUCUCUUCAACGUCAGUCUGGACGCGGCCCCGGAGCUGCGCUGGCUGCCGAUGCUGCAGCACUACGACCCAGACUUCGUGCGCGCCGCGGUGGCGCAGGUUAUUGGCGACAGGGUUCCCCAGUGGAUCCUCGAGAUGAUCGGAGAAAUCGUGCGGAAGGUGGAGAGCUUCCUGCCUCAGCCCUUCACCUCCGAGAUCCGCGGCAUAUGUGACUACCUCAACCUCAGCCUGGCAGAGGGUGUCUUGGUCAACCUGGCCUAUGAGGCUUCCGCAUUCUGCACCAGUAUUGUGGCCCAAGACUCCCAAGGCCGUAUUUACCAUGGCCGGAACCUGGACUAUCCUUUUGGAAAUGCCUUGCGAAAGAUGACGGCAGACGUGCAGUUUGUAAAGAACGGGCAGAUUGUAUUCACGGCGACCACUUUUGUUGGCUAUGUAGGACUGUGGACAGGUCAAAGUCCCCACAAGUUUACAAUUUCUGGUGAUGAACGAGACAAAGGCUGGUGGUGGGAGAACAUGAUUGCUGCGCUUUCCUUGGGACACUCGCCCAUCAGCUGGCUUAUCCGAAAAACCCUGACUGAGUCCGAAGACUUCGAAGCGGCUGUUUACACGCUGGCCAAGACUCCUCUCAUUGCUGAUGUGUAUUACAUCGUUGGGGGUACAUCGCCCCAGGAGGGAGUAGUCAUCACCAGGAACAGAGGUGGCCCCGCGGACAUUUGGCCUCUUGACCCUCUGAAUGGAGCGUGGUUCCGAGUCGAGACCAAUUAUGACCACUGGGAGCCUGUGCCCAAGAGGGAUGACCGAAGGACACCAGCCAUCAAAGCCCUAAAUGCCACAGGGCAAGCUCACCUCAAUCUGGAGACCCUCUUCCAGGUUUUAUCCGUGUUUCCUGUUUAUAACAACUACACAAUUUAUACCACAGUGAUGAGCGCUGCUGAGCCCGACAAGUACAUGACCAUGAUCAGAAAUCCGAGCUAAAGGUGA